ACAUUUCUCAUUUCCAAAUUAAUAUAAGACUCACUUUUCAAUUAACCAACCUCUCUUUCCCUAAUUUCAUUUCCAUAAACCCAUCACACUUCCGCAUUGCGCCAACAUAAGUCGAUUCUAGCAGCUCGAUCUCCUGUAUUUAGAGCUAUGUUUUUUGGACUAGCGGGUAAUCCAGAUAUGGAAAUAGUAGCCAUUGAAGAUGUUCAUCCCUUUGUUUUUAAGGCCGUGUUGUUAUUUUUGUACUCAGAUGAAUUUCCUAAAGCACGUGAUCUUUCUGAUCCAGAUUUUGUUUGCACUUCAACUACGAUUACACAAUAUCUGUUAGCUGCAGUAGAUCGUUUUGAUCUUGCUCGAUUGAAACUCAUGUGUGAGGCAAAGUUGUGUGAAGAUAUAACUAUAAAUAAUGUGGCAACAGCACUGAUUCUGGCAGACCAAUACCAAUGCUUGCAACUGAAAACUGCCUGCCUAAUCUUUGCAGCGAAACCGGAAAAUGCCGGAGAUGUUAUGAAAUCCGAUGGGUUUGCAGAUUUGGCCAAGAGUUCUCCCACGCUAUUGAUUGAUCUGUUCAAGGCUAGUGCGGUGCUAAAUAAAAAUUGA